ACCCCCAGGCCCCUCAUGAGGCUCUCCACGUUGUUCCUGAGCCUGCUGGCCUUGGUGCUGCGGGAGGCAGGGCCGGCUUCUCUCCCAGAGAAGGAACGGAGGAGGAGGGAGGAGCAGAGCCACUGUGGGAAAGGCGAUCCUUACUCAGAGCUGCAUGUGGGGAGCUACAUGGUGAGCCCGGAUGACUACAGUGAGGUCAUUGACCUGAGCAGCUAUGAGGAGCUGGCCGACUACGGGGACCAGCUGGCUGAGGUUAAGGUAACCAGUCUGGCUCCUCCAACCAGGAUCAGUCCCACCCAGAGCAAGAUGACUCCAAGGACACCCUUGUCAAACCCCACGAUGACCAAGCCUACUCUGCCAGGCCCACUGGGCUCCCCAGCCAGCCAUGGCCUGCCCACCUGCCUGGUCUGUGUGUGCCUCGGAUCUUCUGUGUACUGUGAUGACAUUGACCUAGAGAACAUUCCUCCUCUUCCCCGGAUGACCACCUAUCUGUACGCCCGCUUCAACCGCAUCAGCCGCAUCAGGACCAGAGACUUCGAAGGGCUGACAAAACUGAAAAGGAUUGACCUCACCAGCAACUUCAUCUCCUCCAUUGACAAUGACGCCCUCCGCUUGCUGCCUGCCCUGCAGGAUCUGAUCCUCCCAGAGAACCAGUUGGUGGCUUUGCCCCUGCUGCCCAGUGGCAUCGAGUUCCUGGAUGUCCGCUUGAAUAGGCUCCGGAGCUCGGGGAUACAGCCUGAGGCCUUCAGGGCACUGGAGAAGCUGCAGUUUCUCUACCUGGCAGACAACCGACUGGAUUCCAUCCCCUGGCCUUUGCCUCUGAGCCUGCGCUCACUCCACCUGCAGAAUAAUAUGAUAGAGACCAUGCAGACAGACGCCUUCUGUGACCCUGUGGAGCACAGACACACCCGCAGGAAACUGGAAGACAUUCGGCUGGACGGGAACCCCAUCAACCUGAGCCUGUUCCCCAGCGCCUACUUCUGCCUGCCUCGGCUCCCCAUAGGCCGCUUCACCUAGUCUGUCCCUCCCUCUCUUCCAAGUAGGAGCCCUUGGAGGCCCCCAAGGCCACAUAGAAAAUCACCUGUCUAAACAGUGGUCUUUAGCCCAAGCAUUAGAGAGCCUCAUGCUCCAGUUGCAAAAAUCACCACCUUACUCCCCACCCCACCCGCGCGCGCGCACACACACACACACACACACACCAGUGUCCUUCAGUAGCCAAAUUUGCAUUUCUCCCUCCUCUUUCUUUAACACCUUAUGGCUGCUGGCUCAGGAACUGCAGUGUCUGCACAGAGAUCUUCUCCUUGUUCCCCAUCCCUCCCAUCCACACCGAAUGCCAGGAAACCCAUGAAAGAGGAGGAGGAGACAGAGGAGUUCAGAGAAAUGAAGCAGAGGAUGGAGGGGGAAGAAGAGAGAGGGGGAGAAGCAGUCGUGUGCUGGAACCACUCUUACUAACGACGAGGCUUGCAAGAUUGAAUUUUCCAGAACUUUGCAAAUCAGUUAUUAAACA